AUGAAACCCUUCUUCGCCUUCCCAAGUUUCGUUCUUGCUCUCUUUCCGUCCUUCUCAUCCGCGGGCCCUGAUCAAAAUUCGAACCUCGACCUCUUCCCCUUCAACCUCUGGGCUAUUAGCCCUCGAGGCUUUACACCUGAAGUCCGCGGCACGCUUCAGAUUGCGGGUGAUGCUGUUGUCGUUGGGCCAGCAAAGGAUGGCAAGGAUUUUAUAGCCUACAUCCAGCCACUCCCGAACGGCGAGAUGAGGAUCAAGGGUGACGAUGACGAGCGAUUCUUCCUGGACCCGGUCAGCAAUCAUCCCAUAUCAGGUUAUCAGACCCUCAAAUUUGGCCGUUCGUCCACGGCGCAGAGCAGCGUCUCCCGUGACUUCUCUGCUACAAAUGCCGGUUGCGGCCCACAUUGUGGGGGGCCACAGGUCACACCUGGUAUUAGCACAGGUGUCCAGGGGAAUUGGUUUGCAUGCCCUCUCGACGACGGCACCAAUGGCAAGAGUGGAUACUCGAUUCAUUGGGUUCCGGGAGAUUCUUUUCCUGAGGGUCAUAGCCUGAUUUACUUGAUGCGUGAUACUCCUCCUCCACAAUAG